GCUCACUCUCUCUCUCCCCCUCUCUUUCUCUGUGUUUUUUUUCCUCCAAAAUCCCGUCAUUUUCUCCCGAUUUUCUUAUCUUUCUCGACGAGAAAUCCCAAGAAUCGAAUUUCUCGAUGCCGGAUCUUGCAUCUCCAUGCAAUUUAAAUCUCUAACGGCUCCAAUUUUCCGGGUUUUUCCCACUUGAAAUUGGAAUAGAGAAUCGAGAGAGAGAAAUGCUCGAGGCCGUGGAAAGUUCCGUCAAUGGCGGAUUCUCUCAGCUUCAGAGCUGCGGGGAGAGCAGCGAGGAGGAGCUUUCGGUGCUCCCGCGGCACACCAAAGUGGUAGUCACGGGGAACAACCGGACGAAAUCAGUGCUGGUUGGGCUGCAAGGGGUAGUGAAGAAGGCUGUCGGUCUUGGCGGGUGGCAUUGGCUGGUUCUAAAAAAUGGCAUCGAAGUUAAACUACAAAGAAAUGCCCUUAGUGUGAUUGAGGCUCCGACUGGUAACGAGGAGGACGACGAUCUCGAGUGUGAAAAUAUGCAGUGGAAUGGUUCAGAUAUGGCAUCUGAUGACGUCCAAAAGCACUACAGGCCAAGACAUCGGCCACAUAAAACAAUUGGAUCAGCUCACAAAGCCCCGAGCCGGUCUCAUUCAUUUGAUUCGCAGUCUAAGGGGUCCAUUUCUCCUGCUCGGGUUGUAACAAAGGUUGACUUGAGCAAACUAGAACCAACAGCUCUAUGGAGAUAUUGGCGAUACUUCAACCUUGUGGAUGCCAUUCCUAACCCAUCUAAAGAGCAGCUAAUCGAUGUUGUUCAGAGGCAUUUCAUGUCUCAGCAAUUGGAUGAGUUGCAGGUCAUUGUAGGAUUUGUGCAGGCUGCAAAGAGACUGAAAACUGUCUGCAAUUGACCUUCUUGGGAGAGGCAUUGCAUUCGUCGCUAACAGAUUGGUACUGGAGUCGUUUCACCGCUUGUAGUUAUCUACUGUAACAUAUGUAUCCUUGGUGUGGUUUUUCAAUGGUACGGAUAACUGGGUUUCUUUUGAUAGAGGUUCCUGAUAGUCCUGAUAUGUAGAUAUGUAAAACUGGUCAAGACCUUGGCAGCCAUUUAAUGGCUUUCUUAUGUUUGCCUAAAUGCACUGCUUGACUGUGUUUGGAAGAAUUGUGUUUUUGGUGUA